GUAAAGAGAACCUUUUAAUCAAUAACUUAGCAUUAGUCCAAGAUUAAAAUGCAAGGUCGAUUUGCACCCAGAAUUUUUUUUCGAGGACUUUCUAUUGGAAAUCCUGAAAAGGACGUCACCAAACUAUGGCAAUUCGAAUCUUCCAUUGUGUUGGACCACUAGUCGUGUUCUCAUACUGUAGAGUCUAAAUCAUCCAACACACUAUGUGGACGGAGUUAAACUGAAUCAGGAAUUGAUAAAAUUGAAUCAACCUCAUUGAAUAUUAGAAGAAUUCAUCUAUUCUCUUUUCAUGUCCCAAAAACCAAUCAUUUUCUACUUCGUUUAACUCGAUGCUUGCACAAAAGGUGUAAUAUGCAAUACCUUCUUUCAUCUGGUUCCCCUUCAUCUCUUCAGGCUUAUAAACUCCAUACUCAAACUCACACAGUACGCAAACGGGGUCUGCUUAAGCCUCACCGUGCUGUCAAUCAGCAGAGCCAAACUAGCGUUAGAACUUCAUGGCCUCGGGUGUCACUUUCACUUUUCGGCGCAGGAUUCGUGUUGGGUCCACUUCUUGAUGGACUCCAUUCGAGAGUCGAACUCGUGGCAUACAAGUCUGGGGCUAUUGACAUCGGUCCACUCCAUACAAACAUCUGGGUUCCUCCCUUGCUGGGGUUGUUUUACUGCUCGGUUGGUUUGCUUCAACUCUACCUUGAUGAGAGGGUCUUAAACAAAGUUCAAGAUGGAAGUUUAACAAAAACAAUAUCCUCUCUGAUAUUAGUGGCGUUGUUCAUAGAGUUGAGUGCUGAACUAUACAAAGCCGGAAUAGCAGACAACAUCGUGGCUUACAUAUUAUUUGCAGCAGCAGAGUUCCUAUGGUUUUCGUUGAAUGGAACAUGGCCAGGCUUCACCCUCUCAUGCAUUGUUGGGUUUGCUUGUCCACUAGCUGAGAUACCCUUAAUGAAGUUCCUUCACCUUUGGUACUAUCCUCAAGCUAACAUUGAAAUCUUUGGCCAGGGACUAGUUACUUGGACACUCACUUGCUACUUUGUGUACACGCUGUUCUUAAUUAAUUUGUCACGGUGGUUCAGAACAGUGUAUGUCGCUCAAACAGAGGAGUCUGAUGCAUAAAACACUACUCUUUAAGCAUACCAAAUUUAGAAAUUAUUCUUUUAAAAAGUCAACUAUUAUAAUUUUCAAUGCACUCAAUACACAACUUUUCAUAAAUAACUUACUAAUUAAAGUGCUUAAAGAGUGCCUGGGGGCACUCGUUAACAUUUCCCUUAUUAUAUUAUUA